AUGGCGUGGGCGCACUGGGCAAGCUGGGCAAGCUGGGCGUGCCUGUCGGCUGCAGAGAUCCUGCCGUUGGAAGAGCUGUACUUGCAGACGCUGGUGGGCACACUCACAGGCGAGGUGCUCCGAACGCGCACCAUCUCCUUCGAUAGCGACAAGUUCGUGUCCUUUGACGCCACCUCAGAGGAGCGGCAGUGGGGCCGAACUGCAUGUGCGGAAUGCCUGACGAUGAUGGGCUCUCGACGCCUACGAGAUCUCUGGGAUCUGCUGGACGGAGUUCGGACCGCGGGCCUCAGAGGCGACUUUGUGCAGGCCGGCACCUGGCGGGGCGGCGCCUCGAUCUUUGCGAGAGGCUACUUUCAUAGCUACAAGCUCCAGAAGAAGGUCUACGCCUGCGACUCGUUUCAGGGCUUCCCGGGCGAUGCAUCUGACGCGCUGCAGAUGCUCAACGACACCAGCAUCUUCCACGUCAGUGAAGCGGAGGUGGCUCGCAAUUUUGCCGCCUUUGGGCUGCUGGAUGAGGACGUCCACUUGGUCCCAGGUUUCUUCUCCGAGUCCAUGGCAAAGCUCCGUGACGUUUUGCUCGAAGAGGGCAGACAAAUCGCCAUUCUGCACUUGGAUGCGGACCUGUACUCCUCAUACUUGGACGUCCUCUUCAAGACGUAUGACCUCGUUGAGCUUGGCGGGUACGUGGUCUGCGACGACUGCGGCUCGGUGGAGGAGGCCGGCCGCGCCGUCACGGACUUCCGGGUGCUGCACGGCAUCGAGGCGGCCCUGGAGAGCACAACGCACCACACCCGCUUCUGGCGCAAGACGAGAGACGUGUCUGUAGAUAUCGGCGCCUUCGAGUGUUGGCGUCGAAGCCGGCAGCCCUGGGGCCUCAUUUCCAGCUGCAUGGACUCCAGCGACGCCAUGCUGCGGAGCGAGCUUCGCACCUACCUGCUGUGGCUUCAGCCCACAUUCGAGGAGGACAUUGGUAUGCUACUGUGGAUGCUGAAUGUCUGGGAGGAGUCAGAGGCGAUGCCGCUGUGGAUGGUGGUGGACUUUCUGCAGGAGACCAGCACGCAGCUUCUCAAGGUGCUAGGCUCGGUGGACGCCUUUCACAAACCGGAGGUGCAGGAGGCGACGCUUGCCGGUUUCAUGUUGAUCCAGUUCUGCACCGAGAAGGCCAUGAGGCUGCUGUUUGAAGAUGGGCAAAACCCAGCAGACUCCAAGGCGAAACGUUUGCUGAACUCCGCCUAUGAGGCGAUGACGGUGCCGCCGCGGGUGUACUCGUCUCGGCUGCAGCUCUUGGCGGCCUUGGUGACUGAGUUCGGCGUGCCGCCGGAGCGCGAGGGCGUGGCGCUGGACCCCGCGGCGCAGCUGGCCAUGGAGUGGUUCAGCAACCCUGCCGCGGAAGUCCGGGAGAGCGCCGUGAGGUUGGGUCACGGAUCCUUCGUGAAAAACCUCGCUAAGCGGGUGCUGAAGGCUCAGUUCAAGCCGUGA